CGAGGGGCGCGCGACCACGCAGCCCUCUCCCCCCAGGCCGUCCGGCGGGUCCCUAGUCGUUAGUAGUGUACCCGGCGUGCUCGCCCACCCAGCAUGCUGCGCGUCGUGGCCCUCCUGCUGGCCGUCACCCUCGCCGUCAUCCUGGCCACGACGGCGCCGUCCGUCUGCAAGGACGAGGACUACGACGACGCCCCCACCCGGUGCCAGUAGAAGGUGUCGUGAACCCCCCCGGGGCCUCGGAGGAAGACUUCCGUGUCUGGGAGCCGCGUAGCUCGGGCGCCUCGCAGGCCGCUCGGACUUGGUACCACACGGACUAUUUACAGUGCUGAGGUGUUGAGGACCCGCCUGCAAGCGCCGCCGCCCCGCCGCGGCCACCACAGCUCAAACCCAAGACUGAAGAAGAGUAGUGAAUAAACAGUUUCAGGCGAAUGUCCGCGGGACAUUUCUAGACUCUGCUAGGUAGAUAGAGAUACGUAAAAUAAAUAUUAUUAGGAAUGUCACAGAGCGUGAGCGGUUUUCUUUGAUGUAUCCACUGGAUGAUCGGCUGGAGAAGGAAAGUAGCGUUUUCUCUGUGAGAGAGGCUCGAUCACGGCUCGGCACGGCGUGGACACGCUGAUAUAGUGUGUGAUAGCGAUUAGCAGUUUAGCGCCAUGGGCCGCGGUGUCCAUCACGACGGGGACGAAGUAGUCGGCGAGCGAGCUGCCCGCUGACUGAGGCCCGCACUACAGCAGCACCCCCGGGCCCCACCAUGUCGCCCCUCGCCCUCCUGCUCGUCUUGGGCCUGCUGGCGCGGCCGGCGCAGCCCCAGGACGACGAGCAGGUGACCAAGUGGGCGCGCGAGCUCGGCGACGAGCUGUGGGAGCUGGGACGACAGAUCGCCAAGCCCGACGAGAUCAAGAGGGAGUACAGCCGCCUCAACGCGCGCACCCUCAUCAAGACGGGCGACGCGAUGCUCAACGACAUCGUCGGCAACAUGGAGCGCAUGCUGCAGCAGAAGAUGGACGCCGUGCAGUGCCUGAUGGAGCGCGCCGAGGAGAGCGCGCACAGCUUCGAGUACGACGACUCCCGGUACUGGCUGUACCACAGCGCCAAGGCGUCGCCCGUGUUCCUGAACGGCGUGCCGCUCAAGAAGGAGGAGGAGGAGGAGCCGACGGAGAAGCCUCCGACCGAAGCGGAAACCAAGCGGAAGGAGCUGGAAGAGCUGCUCGAUACAUCCGAAGACGAUGAAGGCAUCUGGCGCUUCGGCUGGGGCAACUACACCAAGCCCGAGUACCUGGACCUCUGGCUGACAGAGCAGUACCCGCUGUUCAACGGCAUCCCUAUCAACAUGACCCACAGCAGCGUGCACGUCCCGGACAACGUGUUCGACCACGGACCCCUCGUCCAGGGAGGCCUGCAAUGGUCCGAGGACUUGAACGAGGUGUUCAAGAACAACUACGCGGCGGACCCAUCGCUCAAAUGGCAGUACUUCGGGCACUCGACGGGCUUCAUGCGGAUAUUCCCAGCGAUUCUCUGGCACAGCGCUCAGAUGAAGGACGAACAGUUCGGGGAGGAUGAGCGCGAGGACGAGUCGUAUGACGCCGAGGUGAAGGGCGCCCCGGUCGGCGCCGCGGUCCUGGCCGACGACUCCCAAGUCGUCAAGAGGCAGGUGGGCGCACCUGCACCUGCGGCACCAGCUGCCGCAACUGAUGCACCAGCUGCCACAACGGUCCCACCAGCCGCCGCACCUGCAGCACCAGCUGGCGCACCUGUCGGACCAGCCGUCGCACCUACAGGGGUGGCGCCUCCGAUCCAGUUCACAGCGGAGGACGACGAGGAGGAGGUGCAGGUCCCCGACCUGUACGACUGCCGCAAGCGCGAGUGGUACCUCGAGGCGGCUACCUGCACCAAGGACGUCGUGAUCCUGGUGGACAACACAGGGUCCAUGUGGGGUGUGCGCAAGGCCAUCGCCCACCUCACCGCCCGGCAGCUGCUCGAGACCUUCGGCUCCAACGACUUUAUCAGCGUCGUGCACUACAACGACACGGCCAAGAGCGUCAUCGAGUGCUUCGAGGGCACCCUGGUGCAGGGCACGCCCGAGUACAAGGAGGCGUUUAGCCAGGCCCUGGACACGCUGAAGCCCGAGGGGCACGCCAACCUGACGGAAGCACUUAUGUACGCCAUGAACGUUUUGGAAGACUUCCGCUCCGACCAGAACUGCCCGGACUCGCACUGCAACCAGGCCAUCAUGUUGCUGACGGACAGCAUCGCCUUCAACAUGACAGACUUCUUGCUGCGAUACAACCGCGGCGAGAACGACACGGUGCCGGUGCGCAUCUUCACCUAUCUGCUGGGCAAGGAGGUGGCGAAGGUGCAGGAGAUCAUGGAGAUAGCCUGCCUCAACCGAGGCUACUACGCGCACAUCCACUCCAUGAACGAGGUCCGCGAGCAUGUGCUCAACUACAUCCCGGUGGUGGCGCGGCCCCUCGUGCUGCAAGAGGUGGACCACCCCAUCCGCUGGACUCCGCUGUUCGCCGAUACGGCCGACCCCAAGAUGGACGCGUGGCUGCGGAGAGUCAUGUACCACGGCGAGCAGGUGGACCGGCUCGAGGCCCACAAGAAGAACAGCCGGCUGUAUUUCAGCGAGCGCAAGGAGGACAAUAAGUACAUCAAGGACGCGCUGCAGGGCGACGACCAACACCCCUCGGCCGAGUUCCGCUACAAGGAGUACCGCAUGAUGACCGCCGUGUCCGUGCCGGCCUUCGACCGCAAGCUGUUCGAGAGCAGUAACCAGGUAAGCGUCGGCGAGCAGGAUUAA